CUUUACUCUCGUCAAAAUGAAUAAACAAUCGUUUCUCCCUUUCUCUCCGUCAGCCUCAUCCAAUGUUGUAGCUAUCAUAUAAUGAACUACUAAUUAUGCAUUUAAAUAAUAUUAUCAACUUAUAAUGUUUGUAGUUUAGAAGUUAAUUUAUUAUUAUUUCUUUCUUUAUUUUUAUUUUUAACACAAUAAAAACAAUAUAAACUAUAAAUUUAAAAUAAUCAAAAAAAUAUUUUACAUCAAUUUAACCAGAGAUAAUUUUAUAAUUUCGAAUGAAAUUGAUAAAAUAUUCAUAGAUAAAAAUAUAAAAUAUUAAAAUUAUAUACUACAUGUCCAUUUUCGUAUUUAAUCAUUUCUGUUGUUAAAAAGAACUGAAUAAAAAAUGAAGUUUCCAAUGUGAUAGGGAGGAGAUAAGCAAAAUGGUCGAAGUUACAGUGGCAGCCUGGAUUUCUCACGCACCUUGUCUGACCCCAAACUCAUUUCAUUCAAUUUCAAAUGGGAAAUCCAGAAACAAGACAACCAAAGUUGUCCCAACAAGCACCAAAGCAUGGAAGAUUAGAACCGCCGUUGCUGCUUCUUCUUGUUCGUCCUCAGUUUUUGGGUCUUUUAAUCAAACAGUUGGUGGGCAAGUUUUGCGAGAAGGAGAAUGUCUGGAAAAAUAUAAAAAAGAGGGCAAAGGCAAGAAAAGGGUAUUCUUUUUGGACGUUAAUCCGCUUUGUUAUGCUGGAAAUAAACCAAGCUUACAAUCUUUUGGUCACUGGGUUUCUCUUUUCUUCUCUCAAGUCUGCCUCACCGACCCUGUUAUUGCCGUUUUUGAUGGUAACAACUGUAAUGAGCUGCGGAGACGGUUAUUACCUUCAUAUAAAGCGCAUAGGAGGAAAUUCUUUCCACAAUCAACAAUUUCAAAAAAAUAUGUCAGGGGUCAAGUUGGGAGAUCACAGCAGCUCAUCAUGGAUGUUCUUAGAAAAUGCAAUGUGCCAGUCCUAAAAGUUGAAGGAAAUGAAGCAGAUGAUGUUGUGGCCACACUGGUGGAACAAGUUUUAGAAAGAGGAUAUCACGUGGUUAUUGCUUCUCCUGAUAAGGAUUUUAAGCAGCUGAUUUCUGAAAAUGUUCAAAUUGUUAUGCCUUUGGUGGAGUUGAAGCGGUGGUCCUUUUAUACUCUGAAGCACUACAUGGCUCAAUAUAAUUGUGAUCCACAGUCUGACUUGAGCCUUAGAUGCAUCAUGGGUGACGAGGUUGAUGGUGUUCCUGGGAUUCAACAUUUGGUUCCUGGUUUUGGUCGGAGAACUGCCUUAAAGCUUUUAAAAAAGCAUGGUUCACUGGAAAACUUACUAAAUGCAGCAUCAGUGAGAACUGUUGGCAGACAGUAUGCACAAGAGGCCCUCACAAAGUACGCUGAUUAUCUGCGGAGAAAUUAUGAAGUUCUAGCCCUGAGGAGGGACGUUGAUGUUCAUCUUCAAGAAGAAUGGUUGCUUGAAAGGGACACAAGUAACGAUGCAAAUGUUUUAUCUAACUUCUUUAGACUGUUGGAAGAAACUAAUAAAUCUACUCGUGAAAGUAGAUCUAAUUUCUCAAAUGGUUAAGCCCCAAGUGCUGAUGAGAAAUAACAAGAUUGAAAUAAGUAAGAUUUUGGUGAGUGAAAAAUGAAACAACGGCUCAAGGGGCAGUGAUACUUCAAUGAGAGAGCUGGAGAAGCAUUGUGCUUGAACUGAGAAUGAACUGAAUACUAGCAUGUAAGGUAUAGGAAGACUAGGAACUUAAACGAUGCAGGCUUGUGCAGUGUCGAUAAUGUUUCAUUUGAAGAUCGGAAACAUGAGUAGGGUAAAUUCCAAAUACUUGUAAUUCAAGGGGAUAAGGAAUUUAAACUCAAAAUAAUCAUAAUAUUUCAUUGUUAAUUAGUUAAUUUUGGAAUCUGUGUUGUGACAUAAAAUUGUUUAUACAGAUAGCACUGCCUAUAGAAUUGUAAAUUUAAACUAGUUGUGCAUGAGAUGAAAA